AGUGCAUAAUACACACGUAAGGCAUCCCAAAAAUGCUGAACUAAAUUAAUAGGCAAAAUCAAAGAGAUUCCCAUAGCCCACGCACAAACUCUCCCGCCAUUACCCAAAUUCUCUUUCCCCAUUCCCUUGCACUUUUACUAAAUGGAUCUUCCGGUGAUCGAUCUUUCCGACUACUUGGCGGCAGCGGCCACAUCUGACGCCCAGCUCAGUGAGUUAUGCGGUGAAGUGAGCCGCUCCCUGAGGGAGACGGGCGCUCUGCUUGUCAAGGAUCCAAGGUGUUCUGCUCAAGACAACGAUCGCUUCAUCGAUAUGAUGGAGAGGUACUUCAAGUCCCCCCGCCACUUCAAGGUUCUGCAGGAGAGACCCCAUUUUCAUUACCAGGUUGGGGUGACCCCAGAAGGGGUGGAAGUCCCUAGAAGUUUGGUUGAUGAGGAUAUGCAAGAAAAAUUAAGAGCCAUGCCGGAAGAAUAUCGGCCAUCCCUUCCAAAGGGUCCAGAUUGCAAGUGGCGGUACAUGUGGAGAGUGGGUCCUCGGCCCUUACAAACCCGAUUUAAGGAACUCAAUGCAGAGCCUGUCAUACCUGAAGGUUUUCCCGAGUGGAAGGAUACUAUGGACUCUUGGGGUUACAAAAUGACAUCAGCCAUAGAGGUUGUUGCUGAAAUGGCAGCCAUUGGAUUUGGUUUGCCUAAGGAUGCAUUCACUUCUCUAAUGAAGCAGGGACCGCAUCUUUUAGCUCCUACAGGAAGUGACCUUCAAACUUAUGGCGAAGUGGGAACUGUGUUUGCAGGAUAUCACUAUGACCUUAACUUCUUAACAAUUCAUGGCAGAAGUAGAUUUCCUGGUUUAAAUAUCUGGCUGAGAAAUGGGCGAAAAGUUGAGGUGAAGGUUCCCUUAGGAUGCCUUCUCAUUCAAACAGGAAAACAGAUAGAAUGGUUGACUGCAGGAGAUUGUAUAGCUGGAAUGCACGAAGUUGUUGUCACAAGCAGGACAACAGAUGCAAUCAAACUAGCAUCUGAGCAAAAUCGCAGCCUUUGGAGAGUAUCAUCUACAUUGUUUGCUCAUAUAACAUCCGAUGCUAUCUUGAAACCCUUAGGCCACUUUGCAGAAUCUCCACUUGCUUGCAAAUAUCCUCCGCUGUGUGCUGGAGAGUUUGUUGAGAAAGAGCUUGCUGUAAUCAAUCUUAAAGGACAAAAUAAAGAACACUAGUAACUUGUGGCAAGUGCAUUUGUUUGUUUUUGCCAUCAUCAAACUGAACAGAAUUUAUGUGGUUUUAAUAAAAUUCUUGCAACAAGGAUGCCUGAGACGUGUUUGUCUUCUGCGGCUGCAGAAACAUGGUUGCUGGAGGAUUCUUUAUAUCUGAUUACACAACAUUUUCCUUCUUACUCCUAAAUGUAGUAUCUGACAUUUGUGCUUUCAUGGUAGAUGUUUUAUCAAAGCUGAUAAAUGUGGUGGUCUAUUCCGGUUGAGAUGUUUCAAAACAUCUUUUGUGAUUAUAUUACCACACUCUUGUUUGGCAUUUUUCCUUUC